CGGGACAGAUCUAGAUACGUGUGCUAUUUUAUGGUUUAUAUAAAUAGUUGGUGAUUUUUCUGAAUUAUCUAGUCAUCGAAAUAUUUUAUGCUUUUUUUGAGGUAAAUGAUGAUCUAAGAUUGAAAGGUACCGACAAUGAUAACCGUUAGCGCGCCUUUUCUGGCUUCCAACUACAACACAGCUCAUGACUGUUCGAACUUUGGUCCGGUCCAACUUUCAAGACACGUUUAUCAUUUUUCUUUCUUUUUUUCUACUUCUGUACUUUUUCAUAACAAGACAAUAUCCUCUUUUGUCUGGAACCCAUUUUUCAGACAAAUCUAAAACUGCGAGUCUUAUAUGUUGUAAUAAAAUAGAGAGGUAGAGUGUGAAGAAGUGACAUUACCAACACAAACACUCUCUCUCUCUACCACGAUGAAGAGCGAUCUUGAAAUGGCACGUCUUAUGGUAUCUUCUGCAGUGUUUCCAUGUCUUCUUCUCUCCCUCCUAAUAACAGUGACAACAGCUGCUCCAGUUCAGCGUACGUGUACUUUUCCGGCGAUUUACAACUUCGGAGAUUCUAACUCCGACACUGGAGGAAUCUCCGCCGCUUUCGAGCCCAUCAGAGCUCCUUACGGUCAAGGUUUCUUCCACAGACCCGCCGGACGAGACUCUGAUGGUCGUCUCACCAUUGAUUUCAUAGCUGAGCGUGUGGGAUUACCGUACUUGAGCGCAUACCUAAACUCACUAGGAUCAAACUUCAGACAUGGAGCUAACUUUGCAACAGGUGGAUCAACAAUAAGAAGGCAGAACGAAACCAUCUUUCAGUAUGGAAUCAGCCCAUUCUCUCUCGAUAUGCAGAUUGCUCAGUUUAAUCAGUUCAAAGCAAGAUCUGCUGAGCUGUUCUCACAAAUUAAGAUUAGAUCUGAAAGAGAGAAGCUUCCAAGACAGGAAGAGUUUGCAAAGGCUCUGUAUACUUUUGAUAUUGGGCAGAAUGAUCUCUCUGUCGGGUUUAGGACAAUGAGCGUCGACCAACUCAAGGCGACUAUACCAGACAUUGUCAGCCACUUAGCCUCUGCUGUUCGGAACAUAUAUCAGCAAGGAGGAAGAACCUUUUGGAUACACAACACAGGUCCUUUCGGUUGUCUACCAGUAAACAUGUUUUACAUGGGCACUCCUGCCCCAGGCUACUUAGACAAAUCCGGCUGCGUGAAGGCUCAGAACGAAAUGGCGAUGGAGUUCAACAGAAAGCUCAAGGAAACAGUUAUUAAUCUAAGAAAAGAACUCACCAAAGCAGCCAUCACUUACGUUGAUGUCUAUUCUGCCAAAUACGAAAUGAUGAGCAAUCCUAAGAAACUAGGAUUUGCAAACCCAUUGAAGGUAUGUUGUGGAUACCAUGAGAGGUAUGAUCACAUCUGGUGCGGAAACAAAGGGAAAGUGAAUAAUACCGAAAUCUACGGGGGCCCAUGUCCGAACCCGGCAACGGCUGUGAGCUGGGAUGGAGUUCACUACACCGAAGCUGCAAACAAGCAUGUGGCUGACCGUACUCUUGGCGGAGGAUUGCUCACAGACCCACCAGUUCCAAUAACUCGAGCUUGUUAUAGACAGUGAGAUUUAGUACGGAAGAGCUUGAAAUGUAGUUUGAACCAAAAUGAAGAUAAGGGUCUUAGAUAGAUAGACUCUUUGCCAAUAAUGUAAGCGUUUAAAAGAACAAACAAAUGAUCUAUGUAAGCCUCUGUUUGUCACACCAAGAAUCCUCUUCUACUCAUUUAUGGAAGCAUCUAUCAAAGCC